AUGAACAGGCGUGAUAAUGGAGUUACGGUAAUGAAUACCCCUCGCAGAGCUUUCGGAGAGUUGAAAAACUUGGCAUAUGGUGGCACACCACGAUCCAUAGAUAACAUUAAAGCUCGUUCAAAUGUUAUUAACAAGAAUAUAGACUGCGCUUCUGUGAAGAAAACUCUCGUUACUCCAACACUUGAAAUUCCGCCUGCUCCCCAGUUCCAACGCCUGAAAAAAGCAGACUCAUUGGAAGAACUUUGUGCUAUCGCCUCAGCGAAGAGAAGUUUCGCUGUUUAUAAUGAUAGUGAUUCAGAAGUUGAAACCUUUGGUGAGAAAGAUAGUUCACUCAAGGAUUUUUGUCUCAAUCAAGAGGAGUCCAUUAUUCUAACUGAGGAUGAUGACAUGGAUCUAUUAGAGAAUACUUUAUCCACCAUCGAAGAAAUCAGUCUAAUGGAUGAUGAUCAAGAUGAUGAUGAGGACACUGAGGAUUUAGAGAUUGAAGUUCCUUUUGCUGGCGGAGCUGAUUCAGAUUCUGAUGAGUAUUCACAUAUUCCGGAAGAACUGGUAUUGACUGAUGGUUUUGAACCUCAGUUCUACACGACUUCUUACGUGCCCUCUGAUAGUGAGACUGAUUGCAGGUCUGAAUCGGAGUAUGAAUCUGAAUCUGAAGAAGAUUGUGAUUUGAACGAUGAUGAGCUACGACUGCAAGAAGCUGCACUAGCAGAAAUGAUGACUCACAUUCACUUUACUGACUUUGUUUGUUAA